CCCAUUACUGUCUGGACCACUUCAGGUCUGAUCGUACAUGCGGAUCGCCGCCCAGCUCUAUCGCCGAACCAACUUGACCUGCUUCAAGAAACCAGCCCUAUCCUUUGGAAUCACCUUUGCGCCCUGGAGAUACUACUCGUACACGAUGCCGCCCAAGCGCAAAGCAACCUCGCAAACACCUUCCGAAGGUCCUGCGACCAAGAAGUCGACUUUUGAAGCCUUGCAGCCAUCCGUCAAGACCGAGCCCAAGACCGAACCAGAAUCCGAGACCAAGAUCAAAUCGGAAAACGCACCAGACUACGAAGACCCGAAUCGCGAAAGACUGGAGGAAGAGUAUGGAGUUAUACAACGAGACUUCUACCCGGCAGAAAUGUCAAAUGAACGAUGUGCUCAAUACAACGCCAAUGAGAUUCCGCGACCCAUCGAGGUGCUCACACAGGCUGUGCAAAAGACGGCAUUUGCUCGUAAGAAGAUCGAAGUUGGAGAUGCUGUGGUACACUGGUUCAAGCGCGAUUUGCGCACAAAAGACAAUCGCGCGUUGCAUCUGGCGAGUGAGAAGGCAAAGUCGAAAGGCGUGCCUUUGAUCUGCUUGUUCAUUGUCAGUCCGCAGGACUACCAGGCGCAUUUGACUGCCGCUGUACGUGUCGACUUUGAGCUCAGGACGUUACAGGUGCUCAAGGACGAUUUGGCGGCGAAGGAUAUUCCUCUGCACGUGGAAACGGUAGAGGUGAGGAAAAAGGCUCCAGGACGCAUUAUCGAGCUAUGUCAGAGCUGGGGAGCCAAACACAUCUUCUGCAACAUCGAGUACGAAGUUGAUGAGUUGAGGAGGGAGGCCAAAAUGACGAAUACAUGUCUUGAGAAAGGCAUUGAUUUCCAUGCAGUGCACGAUGAUGUCGUGGUACCUCCGGGCAAUCUCACAACAGGCCAGGGCAAGCAAUACUCAGUCUACACUCCAUGGUACAAAGCAUGGGUCCGACAUCUCCACGAGAACCCGACAAUGCUGGACGAAUUUGCCGCUCCAGAACAGAACCCAGUUUCUGCGCGCGAGAUGUAUGCCGACAUUUUCAAAACAACAAUACCGCCAGCUCCCGAAAACAAGAAGCUUAGUGAUGAGGAAAGAGAGCGAUUCAAGUCAUUAUGGCCACCAGGAGAACACGAAGCCCUCGACCGUCUCAACAAGUUCCUUGAAAAGAAGAUCAAUAAAUAUAAGGAUGCGCGCAACAUUCCGUCUGCAAAUAGUACUGGUGUGAUAUCAGUGCACUUGUCGACAGGCACUCUUGCCGCAAGAACAGCAAUCAGAAGCGCUCGCAAUGUCAACACUUCAGACAAGCUAGACGCUGGCAAUGAAGGCAUCAAAACAUGGAUCUCGGAAGUCGCAUGGCGAGACUUUUACAAGCACGUACUAGCACAUUGGCCAUACGUAUGCAUGUCAAAGCCAUUCAAAUACGAGUACACCAAAGUCAGAUGGGAAUACAACGACGAGCAUUUUGCUCGCUGGUGUGAAGGAAGAACAGGAUUCCCUAUAGUGGACGCAGCAGUUCGCCAGAUGCAUUCGAUGGCCUACAUGCACAAUCGCUGUCGCAUGAUCGUCGCCAGCUUCCUGGCCAAAGAUCUUCUACUCGACUGGCGCAUGGGCGAGAGAUACUUUAUGGAACAUCUCAUCGAUGGCGACUUUGCAUCAAAUAAUGGAGGUUGGGGUUUCAGUGCAUCAACGGGCGUGGACCCACAACCAUACUUCCGUAUCUUCAACCCGCUUCUACAAAGCGAAAAGUUCGAUGAGCAGGGAGAUUACAUCAGGAAAUGGUUGCCGGAGCUAAAGGACAUCAAGGGCAAGGCGAUACAUGACCCUUAUGGCAGAGGCGCUGGAAAACAAGCGGAGAAGGCUGGCUACCCGAAGCCGAUGGUUGAUCAUAAAGUAUGUAGAGACAGAUGUCUUGCACGGUACAAGGAGGGCUUGGGAAGGACUACGGCUUGAGAGCUUGGUACGACGAUAGAUUAAGUAUUGCUGCCGAAAACAUUGCCGACGGCGGGAGCUCCUACACGCUUACGAGACGUACCAGAGACGACAGCCGAUCGCUACAUGCGCGGUUUUCAGCCUCAAGACAAGCUCACUGCCGUGAUCUCCGUGAAUCCUGAACACCGCAUCUUUCGAGAAGCUUUUGUUUUUCUCUCAAUCUGCAAUGGAACCAGCCCCGCUGCUGGCUGCUGGCAGCGGAGGAAUACAUCCGACAAGUAUCCCGUAUGCCUUUCGUAUGACAGGCAAAGUGUCCACUUGCGGGAAACGCAGGCA